CCCGAAGGCACCGGGGUUCUAUUGCAGCUGACGGUGGAGGGGCAGGGCAGGGCAGGGCAUCAACACCGGUCAUCGAAGUCGACUACGUACAACUACAACCAUGCAGGAGGGAUUGGGGCAGCAAGUUACGACUGGGUGGUGGGACUAUGGCAUCAGGCGGGUCUGCGUACAAAGUACUACGGCAGUGCGGGUUGAUAUCACAUCACAAUGUUGCCCAUCCCUGGGUUCAGGCAGCAACAACGCAUCCUCCCCACCUCAGAGCCUACAUACAACCUUCAUCACCUUGCAGGUGACGAAAGUACACCGCACACCGCAUACCGCACACCUCACCCCGUACGUCCCGAGCUGGUGGACGCGAGCGAUAGGUCUCGGAACGUCUUUUUAUUUUCAUGAAUGGUAUCAACACGGCCAGAAAUACCGACAUACAAUUACUGAGGCAGACUGCCUUGUUGUAUCCUUGGUCCAACAGCCCAGGAGCCCUCUCGAGGGGUCGGAGAACCUCAACUUGCCAGAGGUGAGAAGAAAUGUCUAUCACAAUCAAAUCACAGGAAAUAAUCGGG